AUGCAAGAGAACGUGCGGCGUCGCAAGCUCGACUGCCUCCUGAGAUCCUCAAGAGUGAUCCGGUAUUUCACCAAUCUUGGGGGACAGGAACGGUACGGCAGUGGUGUCAUUGCUGUGCUCCGCCACGGUGGUCGAGCAACUUCGGCGUCGAUCACCGAGUUUGAGGAGGAUUACUCCCAGCGAGUAGCAGACUCGGUGGUCGAGGCCUUGCAGACCUUCUGCAAAGGUAACCCCGAGGUCUGGGACCACAUGCAAGAAAUCACGCGCUGUUUCACCUCCGACGCGUGUCCCGCUGCAUUGAAGGCUGGUCGGUGUUUGUCGCAGCACUUUCGCAACCUGACCGUGAUCCAUCGAGACCUGAGCCACGCAAUCAGGCCACUGGUUGCAAAGAGGCUCGCUGGGCAGAAGCCAUUGCUCGCCGAGGACGAUUGGGCCUUCGUCCAGGAGAGCCUCUUCGGCAAGAAGGGUGUCGUACCUAACCUGCAACACAGCGCAGAAUGGCAAGCACGUUUCCUGGCACUGCAAAAGGACCUUGCGGGGUCGAGGUGGGACGGGCCUGUCGAGAAGGCUGUGAAGCACAUGUCCUUUGCCAAACAGAGAUGGAACAGCGAAGACGAGCCACGGCGUCGGUUCGCAGCCAUGAUUGUCCCAAUAGCACUCUUGCUUGCGAUCCAGUCCGAAGACACUCGGCAGUCUCUCCUGUUCCGUGAGCGGUGUCGAGAAACUCUGCAGAGACUGGUGCCGAAGUUCUUAAUCGACCUUGGCCUCAGCUCUGACUACUCGAACGAAUUGCUGGGUUUUCUGCGAAUUUACGAUGUCGACAUUCAUGAUGCAGCUGUGACUUUGCGAGAGAAGUCGGAGUUCGAAAGCAGGAGCCCCCAUCAGAGCGUGAAUCAGAAUCAGUAG